CAAACAUUUCAAUACCGGUAGGCGUCUUGGAGUGACAGUGGAUACGCUAGUCAGCCCAGGCUAAAAUUGGGACAGUUGGAACUGGGAACAGGCAGUUUGCUGACUAGGCGAAAAAUCCAAUAUCGCGAAUUAACUAAUCGAAAAGCCUGGAUCAUACCACCUGGAUAUCAAUAAAGACUUCUUAGUGAAAUAGUGGCUGCAUAUUUUAACUGUCCGUGAUUAAAUACAGUUAUUUACAAAUAGACAAACAAAGAAAGGGGCCGUGGUCUCUAGAAGUUUUAUGAAGCCACGCUGCCAGCUAGCGGUGUUGCCUGGGUCAGAAGUUACACUCGAGGGGAGCAGAGCAGCGAUGGACCGUUCUCACUCUCUCCAGCAUUAUAAGGCAGCCAUGUUGCUGAGUGGGGUUGGUGAUGCUUUGGGUUACCGGAACCAGUUGUGGGAGUACAACGAAUCAGGGCCAGCGAUUCAUAAGGAGCUUCAAGAGCUUGGUGGGGUUGAGAAUAUUGCUGUUGAACUUCCCGAUUGGCCGGUUAGUGAUGACACCGUUUUACACCUAGCAACUGCAGAGGCUCUUGCGACUGGAAAGGAGGGGGAAGAGCUUUUGCACGAUGUGGCGUUUCGCUACACAGAAGCAAUGAAAGACAUGGAGGGCAGGAAGCCAGGACCUUCAAGCAUUUUAGGGGUGUCCCAGUUGAGACCAGGAUGUGAAGGUGGCUACAGGGUGCCCUAUAACCCAGAGGGGACAGGUUGUGGGGCUGCCAUGAGGUCUAUGUGUAUUGGUUUGAGGUAUCCUCACCCAGACCAGCUCCAAUCUCUAGUUGCUGUUGCUGUGGAAACUGGAAGGAUGACCCACCCUCAUCCCACUGGCUUCUUGGGUGCUGUCGCAUCUGCGCUUUUCACCUCGUAUGCUGUCCAACGCCGGCCAAUCAUGAGCUGGGGGGUGGGACUGGUGAAGGAGGCCUGCCCAGUUGCAAAGAGUUUUGUUUUGUCACAGGGCUAUGCAGUGGAGGAGACAAAGAGAGACUGGGGAUACUUCACUGAGAAAUGGGAAUGGUACCUUGCUGAGAGGGGUCUCUCCUCAGGGGUGGGGCCUGUAUCCUGGCCACAUCCCUAUGGGCCAGCCGAGAGAGACCUGGCCUACAAGAGCUUUAGCCUGUCUGGGUGGGCGGGCCGCAGCGGACACGAUGCUCCUAUGAUUGCCCUGGACUCAUUGCUGGGGGCGGGGCCUGACUGGGGAGAACUCAUGAGUCGGGCAGGUUUUCAUGGAGGUGACAGCGACAGCACUGCAGUGAUUGCAUGCUGCUGCUGGGGUCUGCUCUAUGGUACUGAGGGAGUUCCUGAGUGUAACUACCGUGACCUGGAGUACAGGAACAGGCUGGAGAGCAGUGCUGAGAAACUGUAUGCACUUUCACACUGACAGAAAGGGCCUGUGGACAUAUCUAUUAAUGCACUGAGUUAAAAUUUAAUUUAAAUAAUGCACUGACUCGAAUUCCAUAGAAUUAAAGUACAGUAUUUUACUAUACAAUGAGAUUAACAAGCUUCACUGUGCCAGAUUUUAUUUACUGUUAACAGUCUAAUCAGUAAUGGUGAUAUUUGAUAUCAGACUUAAAAGUAGAAGCCACAAUAAACGUGUCCUGCCGCUUUCUGUUA